UGCACAACAACUUGCAAGAUGCACGACCUCAUGCACGACCUGGCACAAUCCAUUACGGGGAAUGAAUGCCUCAGCGUAGUGGACCCUGCCACGUUGGAAGAUGUGUCUAAGAAAACCCGUCACUUGGGCACAUCUGGGCAUUUCAUAUUGAACAUCCAUAGGAUCUUGAAUACUUCUCCAAACAUUCGCACUCUCCUGUCCUCAUUAUCAACGGAAUGGAGUAAUCGUAUUAUGGUGACCGCGGAUUCACCAAAGCCUAGGUCAUUGAGAGCAUUGGGUCUAACUCAUCCUGAUAUUAGUAGAUUGCCUAUUUCAAUUGGAUUUCUGAAACACCUAAGAUACCUGGACCUCUCUCGCACUGAUAUAGAAGCAUUACCUGAUGCCACCAGCACACUUCUCAAUCUACAAACUCUGAAACUCUCUAAUUGCGACGAACUACGUAAGCUGCCCAAAGACAUGAGAAAUAUGAGUAACCUGAGGCAUCUUUACAUUGACGGAUGUGAUAAUCUGAAGCAGCUGCCAGCAGGUAUAGGGCAAUUAAGCAGCCUGCGAACAUUGACGAAAUACAUUGUAGGCAAUGAUGCUGGAAGACGUAUAGGUGAGUUGAAUAGCUUAGAUCUCGGUGGCUUUCUAGAGCUGUAUAACCUGAGGAAUGUGAGGGAUGCAGCAGAUGCUAAAGAAGCUAAUCUCAGUUCCAAACAUAACCUUCGCUCAUUAAUAUUAUGCUGGGAUAUGAUUGCAUGGAAUGAUUCUUGUUAUAGAUCAAGUGCCCCUGAUGUUUGUAAGGAUGUUUUGCAUGUAGGAAAUGGUGAAGAGGUUUUGGAAGCCGUUGGGCCUCAUGAUGGCUUAAAGCUACUGGCAAUACGGUGCUAUGGGGGCGAGAGAUUUCCAACGUGGAUGAUGGACUCUCUGUUACUGCAAAAUUUAGUUGAAAUCCAUCUGGGAGCUUGCGCAGGUUGCGAACAUCUCCCACCUUUAUGGCAGCUACCUGUACUUAAAUUUCUCUACUUGAUUAGGAUGGGUAGCGUCAAGCAUCUCUGCAGCAGCACCAUCUACGGCAAUGCAAGUAAUGGCACACUGCAAGCAUUCCCCUCACUAAAGAGACUGGUGUUGCACACGAUGCAGAGCUUGAAGGAGUGGUCAGAGGAUGAAAAAACUGUAGAGGUCGUGCAAGUUUUCCCUCAUCUUGCUGAGCUUAAGAUCAUUAAUUGCCCAAAUUUGAUGACCAUACCAAAAUUACCAUCUCUCAAAAGUUUAUCAAUGAAAGGAACCAAUAAGCAGUUGGGCUUGGUCCAUAGUCUGACGGCACUAUCUUCCCUUGAAAUUGAAGUCGAUAAAACGAGCAAUGGUACAGAGUCUCCUCCUCUUGCUCAGGAAAGAAAAAUGUCUUUCAGGGAUUUUAGAUCUCUUGAAAAUUUAACUUUCACGGCAUCUGAGGAUAUGGCACCAUUGCUGGAGGAGGAGGAGGAGAUGAAAGGGCUGAGCUCAUCCCUGCAUCAUUUGGAGGUUAUAAGAUGCAAGUGGUUGUUUUUAUCAUCACAGCAGGCAUCAUCUCCUUUGGGGUUUUGGAAGAACCUAACUUCUCUCCUAUCUUUAGGGAUCAAUGAUUGUGAUGAUUUAGUCUACUGGCCGGAGGAGGAGUUCCGUGGCUUGAACUCACUGAAGACGUUAACAAUCAGGUAUUGCAACAAGUUGGUUGGCCCGUCACGUUUGCCAUUAUCCUCGUCAUCAUCAGGGGAUGGAGAGUUUCCGCCAAACUUGGAAUAUCUGAAUAUUAUACAUUGUGAUGGUCUAGUGGAAUGGCCCAAGUUGCCUGCUACCCUCAUAUCAUUGUCUGUCCAGUACUGCCCCAAAUUCAAUUCCAUGACGGAAGGCCUGCGACAUGCCACCGCUCUCGACGACAUUUACAUUACAGACUGUCCAAGCCUGAUGUAA